CGACGACAACGACGACAGCGGCGGCGGAUGUGGAUGAGAUUCUUGGCCUAGCGGAAAAAUCUAUGCGAUUGUUUCGUUUUUUAGCAUCACUUUUAAACAUUUUCAAGAAGAUAAUUUUAUGCUACAUUCAUUUAAACGACCUCGUUUAAAAUAGUUGUCUUCCAUUUUUCGCUAAUUGCUGCCUACGAGGCCCUACAGUUGAAGAGAUGUCCGAUUUACUGACAGUGUACGACGACGACCAGGCCAACACCUUCAUUGACUGCACGGUAUGUGACAAAAAAAUAAGGGGAGAUACCCAAUACAAAAUCCACCUCACCACGUCACAUCAUUUGAAGAAAGAAAACACCCUUGCUGCACAGGGAAAGGUUCCAAUGCCACCUAUACUGCCAGAAUGGACAGAUAUCAAACAAUAUUUGGAAUACCUGAAUCUUGAUGAGCCCAUCAUUGGUCUCAGCUCCCUGGAACAGAUUCCAGACCUUGCUGAAGAUGGCAGACACAGUUUACAGUACUUGUGCAAAGUGUGUGUCGUGGAGAUGGAUCUGCAUAACGCUGUUGCCCAUGUUGUUGGACGCAAGCACCGGCAAAAAUAUCUGGAGCUGAAAAGGCCAGACUUGGUGACAUGGCGUGACAACUUCCUGAAACAGCCAGGUCUUGUUGCCAGAGCUAAAGCUGCAGUAGUUGAAAAACAGGAGGGAUGGGGAACACCAGUGCCACUCAAAACACCACAGAACAAAUUCAGAAAUGUUAAUCAAGGAAAUGAUUUAAGGUCCAGUGUUCAUGGACAAGACCCUCAUAUGAAAUCACCAUUAGUUGAAGAUGUUCAUAGAAAGUCAAACUUGGAUGAAGACAAACAUGGCUGGCCCUAUUAUACUGGGGAAACGAAUGACCAAUAUGAUAGACCUCAUACAGAUGAAAACAGACAUCAAAGACAAUUUGAAAAAAAUGAAAUUCGAGGAAGAUACUUUCGAGGAGACAACUAUUCUAAAAGAGCAGAAACAGAAGUAUAUGCCAGACCCCAUGUAGAACAGGGAGGUGGAAGGAUACCUCGUUCUCGAGAAGACUAUGAGGAAGCAAAUCUGGGCAGUGGACAGUACUCAAGAGGAGAUAGACUCGAGUUCAAAGACUAUGAUGUCCAAGAGAACGCUUAUCAAGAAGAUGUGCAAAGAAACAAAUUUCGUGACAGAGACCUCAGAAUCCACAGUGCAGCUCUGUGCCCUGGAGAAUCAGAGUAUCAGGAAGAGAAAAUGGAGGUUGGUAUGUAUGCAGCAUAUGAAGAAAGAGGAUCUGGCAUGGAUGUUAUGCCAAAGCUUGGCAGAAGCUUUCAUGAUGAUGAGAGAAGGGAAAAUGUGAGAGAAUUUGCAAGAAGGACUUGGGACGAAUCUAAUGAGAUGCAAGGAUAUCCUGAAAGACUAGAACCCAGAGAUUUUCCAAGAGCAUAUUCCCACGAGCCGGUUCCAGCCAAGAAGAAAAGGAAGAGCAGGUUCUCUGAUGCAACAGCGGAGGAAAUAGCAGUUGCACACAUGAGACAUUCUCAAGAAUUUAUCCACAAAGAGAAUCUAAGAGGAGCACAGAGACGAGCAAAGUCUCCGCUGUUUAAUAACCCAGAUGUGGAUUCUGGCAGUAUGUCCCAUGAUUAUCAACAUACUGAAAAUGUUCUGGAUGUACUUAGUGACAUCCAAAUUGAAAAUCUGGAAGAAGCUACAUUUCUCAAAGAAAAGCUAUGCACAGUUUUGAAAGAAUUCCAAGCUAAUAAAACUGGGGGCCAUACUUCUCAAUUUGCCAGUGAACAGCGCAGAGAUGCAUAUGAUAAGGACCUAAGGGAUGAUCCAGAUAGGAUUUAUUUAGAAAAUAGAGAUUUCCAAGAGGUCAGACGAUAUGAAGAUGAUCCCAGGAGUUUCCAAGAAUCCAGACAACAUGACAGUGAACCUAGGGCAUUUGGAGAGGUCAGACGAUAUGAAGACGAUCCCAGGAGUUUCCAAGAAUCCAGACAACAUGACAAUGAACCUAGGGCAUUUGGAGAGGUCAGACGAUAUGAAGGUGAUCCCAGUAGUUUCCAAGAAUCCAGACAACAUGACAAUGACCCUAGAGCGUUUGGAGAGGUCAGACGAUAUGAAGGUGAUCCCAGUAGUUUCCAGGAAUCCAGACAAUAUAACGAUGACCCUAGACAAUACAAGGAUGACCCCAGAGGUGCUAGAGAGAGCAGAAGUUAUGAAGAUGACUCUAGAGAUCACAGAGAGCCAAGAAGAUUUGAGAGUUAUCCUGGUGAUUUUCAAGAAGCAAGGCAAUAUGCAGAUGAUCCCAGAAAACUUCAAAAGACAAGGUUACAUGAUGACAACAGAGAUUUUCCAGAGCAGAGAGUUUAUGAGGAUGAUCCUAGAGAAGAGGCAGAACGUUACAAAGAAUAUUCAAGAGCUUCACAAGAUGGCAGAGAAGGUCCGAGAGGUACUCACGAGACAAGAUAUUACGAUGAUGAUUUCAGGGGCUUUGGAAAUGUGGAUCCUGAAAGAAAAUGGGAUCAUCAGAGAAGGCAUUCAUUAGAGCGCUUUAAAGGUUUGGGCCCUGAAGACAUUGAGAGAGAUUUUCAAGAGAGCUUUGGCAAGCCUCCCAUUCACUACCAACCACCUUCUCUUCUCGAGAAAACAAGGAUAUUUCCUGGGAGAGGACAACAGAGGUUACAUCAUUAUGACCGCCGCCCUGGUGAUGAAUUCUAUGACCCAUUCCACCCAUCAUCCUCACCACCUCCAGAAACGGCAAACUCCACCAGUCUUGACAAGAUUGCCUCAACUCUUCUGGAGCUUGUGUCCCGUAGAUAAAAUUAAGCUCAGAUGUUACUUUUAUAACGUGAAAUGGUUAAAGCUUAACAUAGCCAACCAGAUGAGAUUCUGAGCUGAAUUUGGGGAGUUUAUUUUACCAUAAUGCUACAUGACGACAUUCAACCUGAAAUUUCAUUAGGAGACUGUUUUUGAUGUUGAUUUCCUUUGUCAUUUUAGAAAAAAAUGCAUCCAAUAAAUAGAACAUUAUUUUCAGUAAUUAGGUAGAUCUAGCUGCUUAUUAGUUUAUAAUCUUAAUAUUUGUAGCGUAUUUGCUUUUGGUUUUUUGCAGUGGUUCUUGUUGUGAAAUUGUACUGUUUUUUUGUUCUAUGGGUUUGAUAAAAGACAAGUGUUGAAAAUAAUAAACCAUUGAACCCAAUAUUGACCUUUGUUGAAUGAUUGUUGAAAUAUGUUCUGAUUGCUGGAAUAUAAAAUUACAACAUUAAAUAGCCAUGGCUAGUUUAUCCAAACGUAUACAUUUG